AUGGAAGACAUCGAAAUGGACGACGCCUACACUCUCCCCCUAAGCGAAGACGACGACGACAUCUGCACCUCAAUCCUCUCGCGCUUCAGCAACUCCACGCGCGACGACCACCACCACCUCUGCGCAGCCAUAAGCGCCAUGUCUCAGGAGCUCAAAGACAAGAACAUCCCUUCUACCCCGGUCGCCUACUUGGGCUUCGCGUGCUCUUCUCUUGACGGCCUCUCCUCCCAGCCCGAGCCUCCCGCUCACGUGAUCGACGCUCUCCUCACAAUUCUCUCCAUUGUCUUUCAAAAAGUCUCGGCCGCAAUUCUCAUGAACAAGUCCGAGUUCCUAUCGGAGCUCUUGGUCCGUGUUCUGCAGUCGUCUUCUUUGACGGUAGGUGUAGCCGUCUCAGGGUUGAAAUGUAUAUCGCAUCUGCUCAUCAUCAGAGGCCGUGUCAACUGGUCUGAUGAAUCUUCAUUGUACGGCUUAUUUUUGAGCUUCAUUACUGAUUCUUGCCCUAAGGUGAGAAGACAAUCACAUUUGUGUCUUCGUGAUGUACUGCAAAGUUUUCAAGGAUCACCUAAAAUAGAAGAGUGUCUUUUUCUUUUGUCAAUCAACUACAAAACUGCCGUCCUCAAGUACUACAAAACUCUCUUGGAACUGCACCAACCACUUGUUACGAAGCGCAUAACAGAUAGUUUGAAUAUACUUUGUCUCAAUCCAACUACAGAUGUUUCUCCUGAAGUGUUGCUCGAUCUGUUAUGCUCAUUAGCUCUUUCUGUCUCCACAAAUAAGACAUCUGCCGAUGGGAUGACAUUUACAGCUCGUUUGCUUGGUACUGGAAUGGCUGAAGUUUAUUCCCUCAAUAGGCAAAUAUGCGUAGUUAAACUCCCCACCGUAUUCAAUGCACUCAGAGAUGUAUUGGCAUCUAAGCAUGAAGAGGCCAUACACGCAGCGACAGACACAUUUAAGAGUCUCAUUCAUGUUUGCAUCGAUGAAAGUUUGAUUAAACAGGGAGUUGACCAGAUUGUAAAGAAUGCAAAUAUGGAUACAAGGAAGUCGGGGCAAACUAUAGUUGCUGAAGUGUGUGCUUCUAUUGAAAGCUUACUUCGUUAUGAUUACAAUGGUGUCUGGGACCUUGUAUUUCAUAUUGUUUCAGCAAUGUUCGAUAAAUUAGGUGUAUACUCUUCUUAUUUCAUGAGGGGUACACUCAAAAGCUUGGAAGAUAUGGAGAACUUGCCUGAUGAAGAUUUCCCUUUUAGGAAACAGCUGCAUGAAUGCCUUGGAUCGGCUCUUGUUGCAAUGGGACCUGAAACCUUUUUGGGUCUUAUACCUCUUAAUUUGGAGGCUGAAAACUUAAGUCAGGUGAAUGUCUGGCUCUUUCCGAUACUGAAGCAGUAUACUAUUGGUGCACGUUUGAGCUUCUUUACAGAGUCAAUUUUGGGUAUGGCUAGAACGAUAAAGGAGAAAUCUAGAAAGCUUGAGUCACAAGGACGUACUUUUUCAUCAAGGAGUACAGAUGCACUUGUACAUGCUUUGUGGUCAUUGUUACCUUCAUUUUGCAACUAUGCUUCCGAUACUGCUGAAAGUUUCAAGGAUCUAGAGCAAGCCCUGUGCAGUGCCCUUAAAGAUGAACCUGAGAUUCGUAGAAUUAUAUGCUUGAGCUUGCAGAUUCUUAUUCAACAAAAUAAGAAAACUGUGGAAGAAAUGAAUGAUCUGGCUUACAGUGAAGUAGGUAGUGCCAGACAUAGAGCUUUGGCUAAUUAUACCCCUCAGGUUACAGCAGAUAACCUAAGCGUGCUCAAGUCAUCUGCUUGCAAGUUACUGGAUGUUUUAUCAGAUGUCUUUUCGAAUACCACAAAAGAUGAUGCAGGCUGUUUGCAGUCCACAAUUGGCGAGUUUGCUUCAAUAUCAGAUGAAGAAGCUGUGUCAAAGUGUUUCAAACAUAAAAGGGCACUGCUUUUAAAAGAGGUUACGAAAGCAAAAGAUUCUAGAGAUUCUAAUUCCAACCGGGCACAACUAUUUGACUUGGCAGUUUCAUUUUUACCUGGUUUAAAUGCUGAAGAGGUUGAUGUUCUAUUUGGUACAAUAAAGCCUGCAUUACAGGAUGAUGAAGGCUUGAUACAAAAGAAGGCAUACAAAGUUCUUUCAAUCAUUCUCAGGGACUGUGAUAGGUUUCUUUCAUCGAAGCUCGAUGAAUUGCUUGACUUGGUGCUGCCAUCUUGCCAUGUUUCAGCUAAACAGCACAGACUUGACUGCUUGUACCUCCUAGUAGUCCACCUUUCAAAGAGUGAGGCAGAGCAGAGGCGGCAUGUCAUCCUAAGUUUCCUGGCAGAAAUAAUUCUUGCACUUACAGAGGCUCACAAUAAGACAAGAAAUAGAGCUUAUGAUAUCCUUGUCCAAAUUGGGCAUGCUUAUGGUGAUGAGGAGAAAGGAGGGAAGAGAGAAGACCUGUUGAAUUUUUUUUACAUGGUAGCUGGGGGCCUGGCUGGUGAAACUCCUCAUAUGAUCAGUGCUGCAAUGAAGGGCUCAGCUCGGUUGGCUUAUGAGUUUUCUGAUCUUGUUUCAACCGCUAGCAAUUUGCUUCCAUCAACAUUUCUCCUCCUCCAGAGAAAGAACAAAGAAAUAAUUAAAGCUACUUUAGGUUUCUUGAAGGUAUUAGUGGCCAAAUCACAAACCGAGGGGUUGCAAUCGCACUUGGAAAGCAUGGUGGAAAGCUUGCUGAAGUUGCAAGAUGCUACUAAAAACCACUUCAAAGCCAAGGUUAAGUUUCUUCUAGAAAUGCUAGUCAGGAAAUGUGGGCUUGAUGCUGUUAAAGCUGUGAUGCCUGAAGAACAUAUGAAACUGCUUACCAACAUACGGAAGAUCAAGGAACGGACAGAGUGGAAACUAGGUUCUAAAUCUGAGGAAGCUAGAUCUCAAGUUUCCAAAGCAACUACAUCCAGGUUAAGCAGGUGGAACCAUACAAAAAUAUUUUCUGAUUUUGAUGAUGGAGAAACUGAGGAUAAUGAUAAAGAUUAUAAGGCUUCCUUGCAGCUCAAAUCCAAAGCAUCUUCAUUACGAAGAAGAACAAAUAAGAACUUGCUUGAUCAACUAGAAGAUGAGCCACUUGACUUGCUUGAUCGGCAAAGAACAAGGUCAGCGCUUUUAUCAUCCGAGAAUUUAAAGAGAAAAAUGGAGUCAGAUGAUGAGCCAGAGAUAGAUGAUGAUGGGCGCCUAAUAAUUUGUGACGAAGCAGAAUCGUACAAGAAAAAGCCAUCCAAACCUCAUUCAGUUGCAAGAAGUGAAGCUGGUGGUGGUUACUUGUCCAUAGACUCAAAGAAAACACACAAGCGGAGGAAGACAUCAGAGUCCGGGUGGGCUGCCACAGGCAAAGAGUACACUAGCAAGAAGGCUGGUGGGGAUUUGAAGAGGAAGGACAAGCUUGAACCGUAUGCAUAUUGGCCACUUGAUCGAAAAAUGAUGAGCCGUAGGCCGGAGCAUAGGGCAACUGCAAGAAAAGGGAUAUCAAGUGUGGUGAAGAUUACAAAGAAGCUUGAAGGGAAGAGUGUUUCAACUAUUCUCUCCACUAAAGGCUUCAAGGCUUAAGAAUAAAAGUAGAGUUCAGAACAAACGAGGUAGCAAGAAGAAAACUAGGUGAAGGCCCCUUUUAUGGGACUUCUUGG